CGUUUUCCAUUAUGAUACGUGUUGUUUUCGAUGGUUGCCUUUCGUGCUUCAUCAGGCAAUGGCUAGGGCUUGGAGCUUGGAGAAAAUUAUAGUGUUUCUCUAUUGAACUGUUCUAAAAUACUACGCCCUACGAAUUGCUUUGCCCAUGUUUACAGUUUACAGUCAUAAGUGAACAUUAACACAUUUAGUUUCAACGCUUAGUGUUCGAAAGGUUACACCAUGUUGAUGUCGGAAUAUGUGCAAUUGUUUCUGGUUUUAGGAUCAGGAUUUGUAUUUUUCCUAUUAAUAACGGUAGGAAUCAUCCUAAAGGUGACUACGAGCCCAUUUCCCAAAAUCGUGCGUCACAAGAAGGAGUUGUACUUCACAAAUCCAGUCACUGGGAAUGAUGAGGAAUUCCCGUCGCUGGAAGAUCAGCCAUCGCUUGAGCUAAGCGUCAUCAUUCCGGCUUUUGACGAGGAAAAACGAUUGCCCGUCAUGUUAGAUGAAUGUCUCGAAUAUCUUGAAGGUAGACUGAAGGCGGACAAACUUCACACCUACGAAGUAAUUAUUGUGAGCGAUGGCAGUCGGGAUAAAACGGUUGAUGUUGCGCAGACUUACUCCCUAAAGUAUGGCUCCGACAAAGUUCGAACGCUUGCGUUGGUUCAAAACAGAGGUAAAGGUGGUGCCGUACGGCUGGGAAUGCUGAGUGCACGGGGCCGAUAUCUCUUGUUCGCGGAUGCUGAUGGAGCCACAAAAUUUGCCGAUUAUGGCAAACUGGAACUAAGCUUGCGGAAGCUCUGUGGAAGCGAUCAUCGCAAGGAUGCUAUUUCGAUUGGCUCAAGGGCUCACCUGGAGCAGGAAGCCACCGCAAAGCGCACUCUGUUUCGAACGAUAUUGAUGCACGGGUUCCACUUUCUGGUGUGGACAUUCACGGUGAAAAAAAUCAGGGAUACGCAGUGCGGCUUCAAGCUGCUGACUCGUUCCUCCGCCCAGAAGGUGUUCGCUGUCAUGCAUGUCGAGCGGUGGGCCUUCGAUGUGGAACUGCUGUUCAUUGCACAAUCGUACAACAUUCCGAUAGACGAGAUUGCCGUUAAUUGGACCGAAAUUGAGGGAUCCAAGCUGACACCGUUUUGGUCCUGGCUGCAGAUGGGACGCGACCUUGUGUUCAUUUGGUUUCGCUACGCGAUCGGCGCUUGGCAGCUGAAAAAAGAGCACGCGAAUUGAACGUGUUUUAUGCAUGUGAAAUGUAAUCUUAGCUCAUAAGUAAGCUUAUUUUGAUUGACCUAGUAAUAUUAAGGCAUCUUUUAGGCGCAUACAAAA